CCUCACAAAUUAGGGUUUUUUUCCUCCUUAGGGCUUCACAACUUCAAGCAGCUUCAGAGCUUAUCGUCGAGAACCUCCAACCGGUGAAAAUGCCGUCACAUAAGACAUUUAUGAUUAAGAAGAAACUGGCGAAGAAGCAGAGGCAAAACAGGCCCAUUCCUUACUGGAUUCGUAUGAGGACUGAUAACACUAUCAGGUACAAUGCUAAGCGCAGGCACUGGCGUAGAACCAAGCUAGGGUUUUAAGGUGGAAGAGUCGAGCUUUAUUCAUGAUUCUAAUGAAAAAACUUGUUGGAUUAUGUCCUUGUUUUGUGAUGAAACAUGAUGUGUUUUAAUUUCAAUGGAGUUUAUACAUUGAAUGACGGUUUAUGAGUUUAUUUCUGGUUAAUUCUAGAUGUUUUAAUGCUGGUUUAA